AAUUAUUUCUGGUGAUAAUCUAUGGCUCAUCUCGGUCAUUACAACGGACUGGUGAAGAGAAAGUUUUCCCAAGCACAAUGCAUCUUGCAUCUAGCAUUUAAAGAAGUGAAGGCCUCAGCCUGUGAACCUAAAAUUUCAAGGCGAGGUUUUGUCUUUGGAUAAAAAUUUAAGCUAAAAUGAAACUAUUCUGUCUCAGAAUUAACACUGAAACAUUGUGUUCACGAUAAAGUCGUUGGCCAGGGUCUAUGAACGCAAACGAAAACAGCGAAAAUUUGAAGUACGACGGAACCGAAGGCCUUGUCAGGGAUCGGAAUAUCGCGAAAGCGACGUCAUGUUCGGCAAGUUCCGUAUCGACAGAAAGCAACAAGAAAAUAAAAAUGGCGACUCAGGACAGUAGUCCGUCGCUAAUAAUUGGUCAACAGUGGUCAGCAUGGGCUGAUUUAUUGUCAACUAUUAAUGAAAUUGAUGAGGAGGAAAAAGGCAAAGAUGGAACAGAUAAAAAUUCCAGUGAUAGCAUGAAACUUGGUUUACAAGAUAUGGGCCUGUUUGGUUUUUGUCCGUCCAGAGAAGAGUUCAGCUUGGUUGAGUGUGAAAAAUGCAAACUCCUGGUGAAACCACAAGCGCUCAAGCAGCACAUAGAAUCUCGUCAUGGACCAACCAAUCUCAGCAGUCUUGGGAAUGUCCCAGCAUCAGCUCUCAACUCAGAACUGGGAAAGAAACUGCUGAUGCCUCUACCUUCCAAGUCAUCUCCACCUCCUUCGUCAACAACAUCAUCAUCAUCAUCCUCGUCUGCUGGCCGACAAUCCAGUGGAACAUUCAGACCAGCAUCCUCUGGUCGCCCACCGACAAAAGACAGCCUGAAACAAGUGCCAGCUGCUGCUCGUAUUAAUCCUGCUCCGAGACUCGGUGUCAGUAUGAAGAUCAAUCGUGUCAAGUCUGUGAAGUCAGGGCACAGAAUCAGCACUGCAACCACAACUGCAAGCUCCUCUUCAUUUUCAAACCCUGUGGUUAAGGUGGAGAAGCUGGACAAGUUAUUGGAUGCAACAUCAUCGUCACUCUCAUCUUCAACAGCGGCUUCAGAGCAGCUGGAUUCCUCUCCCCCUGAUCUGUCUAACAGUAUAAUCAAAACAGAGCCCUCGCCAUCGUCCACAUCCUCCUCCUCCUCCAAAAUAUCAACCCUGGUGAACGGUACCUUCAAGCCAGCUGUGUCUCUCACCACCCCGUCGCUGGAGUCCUCCACCACCUCCUCUCCCUCCAUGGUCUCUACGGCCACCUUGGUGGCGGUGACCAAGACCUCCGCUGACACACCAAUCAGCACGCGCAGCGUGACCACCUUUGUGACGUCCACCACCAGGACCAAGCCCCUCGUGAUAGCUCCUGUGAUGACUGUGGGAUCUGCUGUUUCCAUGACUGCCAGACCCAUCACUUUGAAAGGCUCAAAGAUCUCGAAAGAGCAAAGGGAACGUAAAUGUUUACCCUGCAAAGAUCGUGAAUACGAUGCUAAUAAACACUGUGGAGUGAAAAUCCAUGAGACUGGCAAGCCUUGCACAAGAUCCUUGACCUGCAAGACCCAUGCAUUAUCAUUGAGACGUGCAGUGCCAGGCAGAAGCAAAGCUUUUGAUGAAUUGCUCAAAGAGCACAAGGCAGCUAAAGAUGCUCUAAUCAAGGCCAAAGGUGUGAGCCAGAGUGCACCUUCCGUGGCCAGUGUAGGGAAUCGGGUGCUGGUCUCUCCAGCCAGCAUUUCCUCUACCAUGAAUGCCCUGAAACAGCAGCAGCAGCAUAAUUCACCUCAAAUGGUGUCUUUAUCGGGUCAACGUGAUGGAAAAGCUUCACUAUCCCCUAACACUGGUUCAACUUCCCCGAGGAUUCUGGUGCCUUCUUGCGGAGUGCCUACUACAACCACUUUUGUCAAGCCUCGAACACAGUCCAAUGUAUUUCAAAGGUUUACUGCACAUGCCUCACUGCCAUCCCCCAUCACAGUGAAAGAAGAAACGCUUACCAGACAGGAUUCCUCCUCACGUUUAUCAUUGUCCUCGUCCUCCUCUGAGCUGCAACGUUCAGACUCACAAGACUCGAGGCAAGAUCAGAGCUUCCUAUCCUACCAUCCCAAGCCAAUGGCUGUUUGCCAGUUUGGAGGUCGCAUGAAUGACCGAGGCUGUUUCCUGUUUUCCCGCAAGACAGACUAUGUACGAGCUGCUUUCCUUAGCGCUCUCGAAAGGCAUCUUAAUCCACCUCCCCACAAAAAAUUGUGUGUUGAGUCCAACCUACCGAAGGAGUCCCAGAUGUUCGGUAACUCCCAAGACCCAUAUGAGUUCAACAUGAUUGACAACAGUGGAAAUGGAGGGCUCAAUAGCAACCCGGCGUCUGCCAAUCUAGUCAGCAUCUCGUCAAAACCUACAAUAAAACCCAAGUCCAAACUUCCCUCGUCACCGGUGGCUGCGUCCAGCAACUCAAUGACCUUGUCCGCCAUCAGCCUUUCUUCCCCAACACCGGCACCCUCACUCACACUUCAGUCGUCCUCGUUCUCUUCACUGUCUGCGCCGGCAAUCUCUGUUGCUUCUGCUACGCCAGGACUUGCCUUGAACUGGUCUGUGAAGCCAAGGGAGAGCACUGCUGCUUCUCGCAGUCCGUCAGCCUCACCAGCCCCUGCUCUCUCCUCUGCAGCCUCAGCGACAAAUCCCGGUAAACGAAAAAGAAGUGGCAGUUCUGGUGCUGGUGGCAACAAUCUCAUCGCAGUUGCUGGUGGCAACGGUACUCUGUCAGCUGUCUCUGUGUCAACCGCCUCGGCAAGCCUGGCAAGUGCAAUAACGCAGCAGCAGACUGGCUUAACAGGCAUAAUAAGCUCUGGUGCCCUCAACAGCUCCCAGACAGGCAAUCUAAUUGCCAUACCCAGUGUUAACUUGACGAAUGCAGCGAAUCUGGGUCAGAUCAGCGCGGCCACACUGGGCACUGCCAAGCUCAAUCCUGGUGCUGCUGGUGCUGCGACUUCCGUGCACAAGAACAACAAUGUGUUCAAAGACUUCAGCCUGGUUCUCACCGGCAUCGACUCGUUAAACGGUCAAGUAGUCAACAUCUCUUCAGCGCAGCUCGCAGAACUGGCAGCCAGUCAGGGUCAGACACUGCUGCUGAACAACUUCACCCCUGGCAGCAGCAGCAGCACAAACAGCAGUGCAGCAGCAGCAGCGGCAGCGCAAAAUGUGAACGCACCCACCAUAGCCAUGACGGGAUCCACUUCUGCCACAGUGCGCCCAGCCAAACGCAGCCGCACGUCCAGCAGCAAGUCGUCGCACCAGUCUCUGUCCAACUCUGCCUCCAAACUCUCGGCAAACGCCUUGGAGGGCUUCAAGCUGAUUCCUAGCAAUAAUGUGAUAUCUUCUGGCACCCUGCCCCCGAACGCAGUGCUCCUCGACAGCUUACAGGGCGCAGUGUUAACCUCGGUGGCCUUAGCAGGGGGCGGGGCUAAUCCGACGCUCGUGGCCAUCACUUCCUCCACGGCAAACACGAACAGCGUCACAGUAGGUGGCAACCCCACCCAAGUCUUGUGUGCGGACUCUUCGUCUGGCCAGAUAUUAACUCCUUCCUCCCUGGUGAAUGGCACCGGCCAGUCGUCUUAUGAAAAAUCGGGCAGCAGUGGCCGUCACCAUGCAUCAUCGUCAUCUAAGUCACACCACCAUCACCACCAGCAUAAUAAAGCCCAGCAACAACAGCAGCAGCAACAACAGGGAAUGGCAUUAGGCAGUGUCCUCCAGGCUGCCUCUUCCUCCCUAGCGGUGCCCUUAGCCACAGGCUCAACAGCUCAACUGUGUUCCAACCAGGCCAUUUUCAAGCCUGGGAGCACGUUCAACUUGGCCAAAAAUGUGGGCAAGCUCACUGUGCAGCCUGUGUCACUCACCUUCCCUCUGGUUAACCAGCAGGGUCUAGCAGCCCUCACCUCGGGAAAGCCAACGCAACUACAGCAACAGCAGCAGCAACAACAGCAGCAAGCUCAGACGCAGCAGCCGCACACGCUGCUAGUGGCGACCAGUGGGGUGGGGGCAUCAGAUGACCAGACAAAGACAGUCCGCGUGGCUGCAGGGAAAACAGAGCUUCACCUUCAGCCACAGAUCUCGAAUUCGUCUUCUGGGAACCUCAUUUCCUAGCAGUCCGUGCCUCGUCACAUUACCCCACCCCCCACCCCCCUCACUUUCAUGCUGGUGGCUAGUGUCCCUGUCUCAGUUGUGGCCUGCUCCCUGCUUUUUUUCUAUCUUUAUUAAUACAAUCAGUCAAAGCGUUUAUUUCUUUCUGUUUUUAAUUUGUGGUUGAAAGGGUGCUGCAAAAUAAUUGCUGGAUUAAUAUAUACUAUGGUUGCCAUUAAAAGAAAAGGCACUGCUGUGUUGAAGAGACAAAUUUCAGGACUGCAACUGGUUUCAUUGGACUUGCUGUUCCAACAGAAGGGAUGUUUUGUUUCUUCCAAGAUGUUCUGUACUGUUGUAAAAUGAGCCUGGAAGUUGACAGUGUUCGUAAAAGACUUGUAAUUAUGAUUAUAUUUAAUGUGCUGCCAUGGCAGAUUGAUUCUCAACUGCAUAGUGUUUAACUCCUUGACGUCUUUCAUAUUUACCAUCAAAGACAGUGGACUCCUAAGAGGGUCAACUGAAUUGAUGAUACAUAUCUGGGAAUAUCUCUCAAUAAAGUCAUAGAUCUAUGAACAUCUUCAUGAGCUUUUCAAUCUAGGUAAAAGUUACUUGUGUGUUGAGUAUUUUAAAGCAUGAACUGUGAAAACAUGUACUUAGUGGAGCUGUGUUUGAAUGGAUUUGAGAAAUUGUGAAAUGAAUUUCUCUUAUGAUCAGAAUUUAUUUCUGAAAUGUCUUGGUCUAAACAGAGAACAAGCUGAAAAACAACAGCAUAGCACUUGCACUUUCAUUUCUCAUUUUUGUAUUGGGAACUUUUUUGUGAAACACAUUUUAUAAAAGCAUUUUUAUUUCCUCAGGCAGUCAUUCAACUGAAUAAGUUUUUGAAAUUUAAAAAAAACCCGACACUUCUGUGGAACUUUCAUAACAAUUCCUUUUCAAAUGAAUUUCAUUCAAAUUCAUAGGCCGUUUCAGUUGUAUGAAAGGGCUUGAUCACAAAUAGUGUUUUUGAUCUAAUG